GUCCGCUGUGUUUUUGGGACUGGAUUACGGGGGUGCUCGGCAGUGAGGGAAGGAGGAGUUGGGUGUUGCCUCUGUGUCUGAGACCAGUCAGGAUUCCCAGUCGAGAUUCAGCCCGUUACACGCCGCGACAUCUGGCCUGCUACUGCUGCCGUCCUGUGAACUCAGUACUCGAAAAUACCCGACUAACGGACCACCAUGGGAGUCGAAGGUUGCACUAAAUGCAUCAAAUACAUGCUUUUCUUCUUCAACUUCAUCUUCUGGCUUACCGGGGGUGUUAUUCUGGGCGUGGCCCUGUGGUUGAGACAUGACCCCAAGACCAGCAACUUGCUGGGGCUGGAGAUUGAUGGAAAUCAGGCCCCCAGCACCUUCUACAUCAGUGUCCACAUCCUGAUUGCAGUGGGCGCGGUGAUGAUGGUGGUCGGCUUCCUUGGUUGCUAUGGAGCCAUUCAGGAGUCCCAGUGUUUGCUGGGAACGUUCUUCGCCUGCCUCGUCAUCCUUUUCGCCUGCGAGGUUGCAGCUGGAAUCUGGGGCUUCAUGCACAAAGACACUGUUUCCAAGGAGAUGAUCAAUUUCUACGACUCUGCGUAUGAGAAGGCCAUGAGCCAAGCAAAAUUACCAGGAACAAAUAACAACCAGGAGAUGGAGGCCGUCCACGCUGUGCUCAAGGUCUUCCACGAGACGCUGAACUGCUGCGGUAAAGGCAAGGGGUCGGCUUUUUUCACACAAUUCACAGACGCGCUGGGCAUGACUCAGCUCUGCCCCUCCGGUGUCACCUCUGUUGAUUGCCACCAGAGGAUCGAUGAACUGUUCUCAGAUAAGAUCUACCUGAUCGGUAUUGCCGCUCUGGUGGUCGCAGUUAUUAUGAUCUUCGAGAUGAUCUUCAGCAUGGUGCUGUGCUGCGGGAUCCGAAACAGCCCGGUGUAUUAAAGCGAGGGGCCGCCAGCCCGCUGGAGGAGGGAAGACCCUCCUGCGUCUCCGCCUCACCCUUUCCCUUUUUUCUUUUCUAAGCAGGAAUGUCACGUAUUAUAUUGCUUGCUGGAUUUAGUCCGCUCUUUGAGAAGACAACGUAAGACAUCCUCCAUUGAGCGUUUUAAUUACACUGUCCAUUCUUUUUUUUGUCGGUCACACAUGCUGGUAUGCAUAUUGGACCCGUGCUAUCCUAACCUGAUAUGUAGAUAUUAUAUCUCACCAGUCACCAGUCAGUACAUUAAUACUUUAGUGAUAGGUGUUUACUGCUUCUUCGCGUAUGAAAAUGCUCUUAUAUUCUUGGUUUUAUGGAUGUUUUUUCACUGUUUUAUGUAUAAACUGUAUAUAAAUAUAUAUAUUAACAGUGCUUUAUGACUGCCUAAGCAUGAAAAUUGUAUUACAGCAGAUCCUUCUGUGGUAUUCUUCCUGCACUCUCUGCUUGUUUGUCUCGCUCUAGACUGAACCAGAUGAUGGUGUGUGUGUGUGUGUGUGUGUAUGCAUCCCACACCAGAACACAUUGUGUGGUGUGUGCAGGAACUGACUAAAGAAGGAAAUCUCAGUUAAUCAUGGAAGCUGGAACCAAAGUCAAAGUGACCUGAUGUCUGUCAUUUUGGCCCCCGUGGAGUUUUGUCUCGGGCUGUCUGUCGCUCAUCACGUGUCCAAAACUGUCUGGGUGCUCAGUUGUGUAAAACAUUUAAGGAAGGGGAAAAAAACUGUAUCAAAUUAAAUCUUUACCAAACGUACAAACCACACUCUGGCUUGUUUGGCGUGCUCAGCUAAUAAAUCGUCACUUGCAUCUCAAAUUCAGUGCAAAAGUUUCAUAUGAAUAUCACCACCAGGCUUUUGCUGGUCUGAGAAAUGAUUAUUUCACCUUGAGGAAUUUAAACAUACGUGCGUACAAUGAUUACAUAUGAUACAUUUAAAAGCUUUUAUACAACUGUGCACUUCUAUUUGUGAAGGCAACUUGCUUAAUCUUAUAAUCAUCUCUCCCAAAUCAGAGGAAUGAAACUGAGAUAUGACCCAUCACAUUUAAACUGAGAGCAAGUUGGCAGAACUAUCUGGUUGAGUCUAGUCCGGUCUCAUGUGACCUGCUGUGUCAUUGUACUAUCUCUCCAGCUACUAAAAAAAAAAGUAAUCCAGCUGAGACUCCAGGUAGCUAACCUGGACAGUGGAAUAGUUCCAGCAUGCAGCUUCACUUAUGUUACUUUGUUAUUAACUAUUCAACUGUCAUUUAUCAGUCUAACAAAGUGAUUUCACAGCUGUUAUAUUGACUGUUUACAGUGGUAUUUGUACUAUAGGGCAGCUCAGUGACAUUAAAGGCAUAGUUUGGAUGUUUUUUUAGUGGUUGUAUGAGAAGAGUGGAUGGUGUUCCAGACGCCCAGUUUGAAAAUAAAAAAGUUACAGUGAAUAAGCUAAGCUAUUUAAUGCUGUGUAAGCUGUACAGCUGCAAAACACAUCAAACUAAAAAACUACAAAAAUCAAAGUCACACAAUAACAAACAACCUGACUGAUCAAGGCAGCGGUAGACCAGCAGCUCCUGCGCUCUGUACGGUAAAAUAUGGUUUCUGUCAAUGGAGUCUGGUGGCUAAAUACAUCGAACACUUAGAUUGAUAUUGACUUUUUUAAGUAGGUCUUCCAUUUGCUUCUCAAAACAUGGGGGGUACCAACUGCCAUCCAAUGGAAGUUAGGAUAAGAACCUCAUACAACCCCCCUUCUAAAAAAUAUUCCAUCUAUCCCUUUACUAUCUACAGUGUUGACCACAAGUCGGUCAUCACUGCCUGCUGGAGUUCAGCAAAUCAGAAAGCCCCAGCUUUACCGGAACAUGCUGUUUAUUUGGUGCAGCAGGGUGUUUAGCUGGAUAUUGUUCUGUCCUGAGGUCUUGUCCCACUAGCUCCUGACACUAACACGUAGCUGCACACCACUGCGGUGCUGCAGCGGUCACACACCCAUCACACACUCACAUUAACUCUUGUCAUCUUGUGUAACCUUCCAUAUUAUCACAGCUUUCCUCAACAAAGUAAAACCUUGUUAGCAUCUCAUACUUAAACCAAGAAACAGUAAAAGUGUCUUGUAAUAUUUACAGCUCUGACGUAUUAACGAAAAAUCAUGAAGGCUGUAGAAAGACAAUGUAUGCCUUUUUUUCUUGUAUUGUGAUAUCAGUGUUUGGUACGUUGUCAAAGGAGUCCGCGCAGAGAGGGGGGUUCUUUGGCAGUGGUGACUAGUGACCUUCAAUAGUUUCUCAGAGUUCAUUGGAAAACAAGACCAGUAUUGUGAAUAUGAGGGCACUUUCUGUGUUCCUCUGUCACAACCUGCUGUCCAUAAAACAGGAAGUGACUCUCAGGAUCCUCUGCCACGGACAUCUCAGCCCCUCUCUGUCUCGUGGACUUCGGUUUGCCCAAAUAUAAAGGGAUUAAAUGUAUUUUACAAAUAAACAAA